CAGGGGAAGAAAAGGACCCACAUGGGUUACAUACUGGAGGAGUUGUCAAGGUGACACCCAGAGCCCGGGGGAGAGGAGGAGGGGCCGGCCUUUUGGUAUGCUGGAAACACCCUUCGAGGCACACGGAAGCACAUCUGCAGCUUUGCUUGGGGUCUUUGGAAGCCCCCUAAGGGUGUCCCUCCCACCUUAGGGAGGUACAAAUUUCCAAACAAGGUUCGGGAAUCGUACCAAGAACUUACUACGGAUCCGGAACAGCCGUCUACGCCAGUUGGUGGAUUUGGAGACAAAGAAGAUGGACACAGAGUUGAUGAAGGCGAUCAUCGAGCGAUGGUUGCUGAACAUGCACUCCUUUCAUCUUCCAGCAGUAAUAUAUUUUUUAUAGGGCAAGAGAACGCUACCAACCUAAUGCAAUGUAUGCAAAAUGCACGGGUCAAUAGGAGGGUCCAUAGGAGCAUCUUCUAUACAUACGAGGGGCAACACUAUCUUUUUGUGCAUGCACCAAUCUGGGAGUUCCCUGCGCCCGACUGGUAGGGUUUUGUCCCCCUUUUUUGUAACUUCAGUUUCAAGAAAGGGAGUAAGAAGUAGAUGAGGAUCUUGACUUUAGCGCACUCAAAAAUGGCUUUAUCUUAAAAACGGAGGCUCGACCUUGUAAAAUCCCUCUCUCAUCGCUCUGUUUCUUCACGCGCCACAGCCAGCUUGAAGAGAUUUAAAAUGUCUUCAACUGAUUCAGAAUUCGAUCUCCGGGCUUCUAUUCAGUCCGGAUUUGGCAUCGGGCAGUACACAUUUGCUGAUGCUGGGAACUUGGAGCAUUGCGCAAAAUAUCUGAAUCAGACAUUGGUUACAUUUGGAUUCCCAGCAUCUCUUGAUCUAUUUGCCACUGAUCCGGUUUCUAUUGCCCGUACAUGCAAUUGCAUUUACUCUCUGCUUCAACAAAGACAACGGGAUAUUGAAUUUAGGGAAUCCUCGAAUGAACAGAGACAAAGGCUGUUAUCUGACAUAUCAAGAUUAGAGGCCAAAGUGGAGAGGCUUGAGGCACAGUUAGCUGCUAAAGAUCGAGAGUUGGCCACUCUUGCUCGAAAUGAAGCCAAGGCCACUGCAGCUUUAAAGGCACAAUUAGAAAAAUUGCAGCAGGAACGGGAUGAAUUUCAAAAAAUGGUCAUUGGUAAUCAGCAAGUACGAACUCAGCAAAUACAUGAAAUGAAGAAAAAGGAAAAGGAGUACAUAAAGUUGCAGGAGAGAUUGAACCAAGUGUUGAUGGAGAAAAAAAAGGAAUCCAGGUCAGGCAUGGAGAUAAUGAAUUUGCUUCAGAAAGAAGGGCGACAACGUGGGACAUGGAAUGGAAAGAAGGCAGACAAUGACUUCUACAAGAUGAUUGUGGAUGCUUAUGAGGUGAAGAAGCAAGAACUAAUGGCAGAAAAUGCAGACUUAAGAGCAUUACUGCGUUCAAUGCAGAUGGAUAUGCGUGACUUUUUAAAUGCUCCAAAUGGGUCAUCAAAGCAAACUUUGGCUGUCAAUGGAAGACCUGAUGUGGAUCCCCCACAGUCCCCAUUGGGUGGUAGAACGGAUGUCUUUGACCUGCCUUUUCACAUGGCUAGAGAUCAAAUAGAAGAGAGUCUGCGAACUAAGAUGGCUUCUAUAAAGGAACGCAUGAUUCAACUGCAAGAUGCACAAAAGGGAUCGGAGGUCUCUUCUGAAGCAACUGAGAGAGAGCUUGAGCUUGAAGCUCAACUUGUUGAAGCUAGAAGCAUCAUCCAGGAACAGGCAUCAAUAAUGUCCAAACAUCUUGCAAAGUCUGAGAGGCCAAGGAGAGUUAAUGGACACUUGGAUUCUGAUAGGGAAUCACUUCUCUCUUCACCAACAGAGGCCUGUACUUGAGAAAAUUUCCCUCUCCCUUUCUGAGCUUUGCUUCUAGAGAAUGAUCGUCAAAAUGACAACUAUUUUCAAAUCCAGCGGGACUAUCACCAAGAUAUGCUCUCAUGUCAGUGCUGUUGAUUGAAGCCAGGUGCCCGGAGAGCCAGGCAGAAAUGCUCUACCAUCAGGCUGUUUGGUCUGAGGAUCAUGGUCCAACUCCAUUGUUUGAUUUGGAAUCUCUAGAAAACUUGUCUUCUUGAUUAAUGGAAAUUAAACCUGCAUUUAGUGAGAGAUAAUUGGUAAUUGAUUACUAGAGUCAAUUAAUUCCUAUUAGGCUA